AUGUUCAACCAGAGCCUGGCGCGCCUGACGUUGCCAAGCAACUUGCUUACAUUGUCCUUUGGUCAUGACUUUGAUCAGAGCUUGGAAGAUGUGGUGCUGCCGAGGGCCCUGCGGAACCUAGCCUUUGGCAAUGGAUUUGACCAGAGUUUGGAAGGUGUCACACUGCCCAAUAGCUUACAAACUUUGACGUUUGGCGAUGGUUUCAACCAAACUCUGGAACAUGUAGUGCUGCCGAGCUGCCUACAAUCACUUACCUUCGGCGAUAACUUCAACCAGAGUCUGGCAGCCACUUCACUGCCAAGCAGCCUUUUAGUCUUAACUUUCGGCUACUCCUUUAACCAGAAGCUGAACUGCAUCACUUGGCCAAUCGGCCUCCAGUCGUUGGCUCUGGAUCGAGGCUUCACUCAGAAUUUGGCUCGCGUCAUGCUACCCGACAGUCUGCGGACGUUCACUUUUCGUGGAAACCUCGAACGGGGUCUGUCAAAUGUCACUCUACCGAGCGGGCUGUUGUCCUUAACCGUUGACAACACCUUCAGUCACAAUCUGGAUGACCUUACCCUGCCAAGUGGCCUAGAGUCAUUGGCUAUCUGUGGGACGUCCUUCCCGGGCUUGGAAGUUGUAAUGCUUCCAGCUACUUUGCAGAGCUUGGUACUUGCUGGGGUAGCCAACCAUAGCUUGGAGGGCGUGAAAAUGCCAAGGGGCAUGAAGACAUUGACCUUGGGUUACGGUUUCAAUCAGAGUCUGGAGAACGUUAUGCUGCCGGCCAGCCUGCAGACGUUGACCUUCGGCAAGCGCUUCAAUCAGAGUCUGGUAGGUGUCAUGUUGCCUAGCACGCUGCAGACUCUAGCUUUGGGCGACGACUUCAACCAGAGCAUGAAAGGUGUGAUUCUGCCCCAUGGCUUGAAUACACUGGCUUUUGGUGAAGCCUUCAAUCAGAACCUUGAAAGCACCAGCCUCCCAAGUGGACUGCAGACCUUGUCUUUUGGCAGCCGCUUCAACCAGAGUCUGAAAUUGGGUUGUCAUUGA